CAACUCACUCGCAGCACAAAUUGAAUACAACAAAACAGGAAUUUUCCGAGGAAAGCGCUGCCUUUUUCACUUUCUUUUACUGUACUUUAAUAUUAUAAAUAUAGAGGUUUCUGCUAUGACUUUCUUGCGUUUCAAGUCUGCUACCAUAAGAACAUACAAUUUGUUCUGCUAGCUUUAUUUUUUUAAUUCAAAAUCAUUAUUUUUUUUCCGCCUAAAAAGCAGAUCCAGAAAUCUUGGACACAGUCUCUCCUUUCUAUUCAAGCUUGAACCCACAAAAAAAUAGUUCAACAGGCCAAGAAUUCUGAUUAUACUUUGAAUUGAGAGCUUAAAGGGUAUCUGGUCUGGAAUUUCAAACCGAUAGUCUGAGCAUGGCGUUUUCAAGAAUUGCUAGGACUGGCUUGAGAAGAGCAGAAGGCACCUUCAGUAGUUAUGCAAGUGAAGGAGUAUUAGUUCAUAGAUGGUCUUCACCUUCCCUUAGAAAUGUCAUUGCAGGGAGCCAUUUGUCGUACCUUUCCACCUUCAGCACAGUAAAUCAUGCAAGUUUUUGGAACAGGGGAAUAAGGGUAACCCCAAACUACCAAUUUCCUAAUGCAGAGAGGAUUUUGGACGAGUCUGAAAAUGAGUAUGAUGAAAGAAGGUAUCCAGGUCUAGAAGCAACCAAACCUGGUGAAAAGCCAAGAGUGGUUGUACUUGGCACUGGAUGGGCAGCAUGUCGAUUCAUGAAAGGACUUGACACCAAAAUAUAUGAUGUUGUUUGCAUAUCACCAAGGAAUCACAUGGUCUUCACUCCUUUGCUUGCUUCAACUUGUGUUGGAACCCUUGAAUUUCGCUCUGUAGCUGAGCCUGUUAGUCGGAUACAAUCUGCAUUGGCAACAAGUCCUAAUUCGUACUUUUAUCUGGCUUCCUGCAUCGGUGUUGACACGGACAAACAUGAAGUGUUCUGUGAGACAGUUAGCAAUGGUGGAUUACCUCAGGAGCCUUACCGGUUUAAAGUUGCAUAUGACAAGCUUGUUAUUGCUGCUGGAGCUGAGCCUUUGACUUUUGGUAUCAAGGGAGUUAAGGAACACGCAUUUUUCCUAAGAGAAGUAAAUCAUGCUCAAGAAAUAAGGAAGAAGCUCCUCUUGAAUCUUAUGCUUUCUGAAAAUCCAGGCAUAUCUGAAGAAGAGAAGAGCCGCCUCUUACACUGUGUGGUUAUUGGAGGUGGUCCUACAGGAGUGGAAUUUAGUGGUGAAUUGAGUGAUUUUAUCAUGAGAGAUGUUCAAGAACGGUUUGCUCAUGUUAAGGAUCACAUUAAGGUCACUCUUAUAGAGGCCAAUGAGAUUCUAUCAUCAUUUGAUGUUGGACUGCGACAAUAUGCAACAAAUCAUUUGACAAAGUGUGGUGUUUGUCUCACGAAAGGCGUAGUGAAAGAGGUGCAUUCCAGGAAAUUAGUACUCAGUGAUGGUACUGAAGUUCCAUAUGGUCUACUGGUAUGGUCCACUGGUGUUGGUCCAUCUGAGUUUGUUAAGUCACUAAAUCUUCCCAAGUCUCCUGGUGGAAGGAUUGGUAUUGAUCAAUGGUUGCGGGUACCUGCAGUAGAAGAUGUGUUUGCACUUGGAGAUUGUGCUGGUUUUCUUGAACAGACAGGGAGGCCAGUGCUUCCAGCUUUGGCUCAGGUUGCAGAAAGGCAAGGGAAAUAUCUAGUGCAGUUGUUUAACAACAUUGGAAGGCAAAAUGGAGGAAAGGCUUUCAGUGCAAAAGAGGUCCCUCUAGGCGACCCUUUUGUGUAUAAGCACAUGGGUAGCAUGGCAUCAGUUGGGCGUUACAAGGCCCUUGUUGAUUUGCGCCAGUCUAAGGAUGCAAAAGGAUUAUCACUUGCAGGAUUUCUUAGCUGGCUAAUCUGGCGUUCUGCUUAUCUUACACGUGUGGUCAGUUGGAGGAACAGAUUUUACGUGGCUGUAAACUGGGCAACCACCUUGGUUUUUGGCAGAGACAACUCGAGGAUAGGAUAGUUUCUUAAAUCCUGCAUUUACCAUUGCCAUUGUUUGUUCAUUCUUUACACUGCUUUCAGGCGUUGAGCUGGCAAAUGUAUCGAUUGCCAAUAUUAUAAAGUUUUGGGAUAAGAUCCAAUUUAAGGUUUUUUUUUAUUUGUAACCAGCAAUAAGAUUAGAAAGAGUACACUAUUGAUCAGAUUAUGGUUAUCAAGAAGAAAAAGAAUUUAGGAGACAAACAUUCUCUUCUGCAUUGCGUAUUAUCUGUAUAUUCUGUGCAAAAGAAAAAAAAAUAUCUAAGCGCUACUGCUUAUACUAUGUACCGUAUGCUGUUCCCUCGUCACAGUAGCUAAUCUAACUAAGUGUACAAUCCACGUGUAAGUCAGAAUUGUAACCAA